UUGGGUCGCUGCCGAUCGACUUAUCCCGUGAUGUUGACGCAGCUAUUAGUAUUAUUAUUAUUGCGUUGUUUUUAAAUCACUGUUGCUGAGCAGCACACAAACAAAAAGAUCGUCGGAAACGUCAAGGGGACAGCAACAGACGGCACAGUGAACGUGUUAAUGUGACACGUUUUUGGGAAAAGAGACGAUGGGAGGGAAUUCUAAAAGUGGAAAUAGAAGCGGGAUAAAGUGUGUUGGGAGUUGAACUCUGUGUGUGAGUCGAAACUGUGUCUCGUAGACGCAAGUCCUCCUCCACAUGGUUGGUGGAGGAAUCAACCAGAGAAAAAAGAACACAUGGAAGAAAUGGGGGAUGAGUUUUGGUGGUCGAUGCGCAAGCUUGAGGACCUGGUGGAGUUGUACAAAAGCAGCCCUUGCCUCUACGACACGAUGCUGCCGGACUACAACAACAAAUGGAAACGACAACAAGCUCUGGAGUUCAUGGCACAAUCACUUGGAACUAAUAAAAUUGAGGUCGCCAGAAAAAUCAGAAAUCUGCGCACAGUCUAUUCAAGAAAGAAAAAAGAGGGCAAAAGCAGACAAAGUGUAGAUGGCGGGGGUGAUGCUUCAAGGCAGACUUGGUGGCUGUUGCCACAUCUGGAAUUCUUGGAUAACUUUGUUGGCUGUAAGAAGACCAUCUCUAAUAUGAAGAUGGAAUAUGUCGACAACGAGAGCAGUCAAGAUGUGGAACAGAGGUCUGAUCAAGAUGAAGCUGAUCUACCAACCAAAACUAGAAACACCACAGAGAUUCCAAACAGCCCAACUUCAACCCCUGAAUUUACAUUUCAUAGGCCACAAGGCCCAAAGCAAAGGCCCAAAGUUAAAGAGAACAAACUUGGAGAAACAGACAGUCAGAUAAUGGAAUUGGCCAUUAAAAGUAUGGAUACAUACUUCGCAAGGCCAUUUAAGGAGGAUGAAUUUGAUGUGUUUGGCCAAUUUAUUGCCAAUGAGCUACGUUCCCUUCCAUUAAUUGAAAGUCGGCGUUUAAAAUAUAACAUUCUUGCUGCUGUUCAGGAGGCACACUCGCCACAUCAAUGUUCGUACACAUCACACACAGAGCACAUUGCCACCACAGCAGUCCCCAUACAUUCCAUGCAGAGUGCACCACCAACACAACCCCAACAAAAGUCCCCAAGACAACUUCCGUGAACCAGUUACCAUCCUACUGUUCCUCAAAGUAUACACGUUUAAUGGUUGUUACCCAUUAUGCAUUAUUUUGCGUUCAUUCUAUUUUAAAUGUAUGAAAAUACUGUUUAGUUGCUGUGCUUAAUUUUUUUUGCAUCAUCACCCGUGUCAUGCUGGGUGUGGCUUGUAGGGGAUUUCCCACCUUCAGGAGGCAGGCAGCAUGUCAGAGCAGCCAUUUUUUACUGGCCUAAUGAACCACAAUAAAGGUGAUUUCACACACACGCCAUAUAUAAAUAUCGUCUAUAUAUAUAGAACACAAUAAUCUUCGGUUCUUUAGGUCAAGUCACGUAGAUAGGAAAAAUAAAAACAUGACGUUUCGGUCGCAACACAAGCGUCCGUCAUCAGGUGAGAAAGAAUGAUCUGCUAUUGUGGCUUUAUAUAAGCACGGGAGAGGGGGGGUAGAGUCGCGGCUGCAAGAGUUCACGG